AACCACCUGAUAAAACGAGUUCAAAAUGGCGGCAUCAAAACAUUUCAAUCCUUGUGACCUUGUUUUAGACAAUUUCUGAAAGCUGUCGAAAUGGAAGUUCUUAAUGACAAGGCGGCUUUGUUGAGCAAUUACGAGGUUUAUCAACUUUUGCUUGAGACAGAAAACCAAAACAAAGUUGAUAAGGCUAAGAAGAGGCAGAAACACCUUGUUAACUUGUCAACAAUUUGCUAUGAGGCUCGGAAGCAUUUAGAGAAAACUCCUUGUAAACACCAGAGUCCAGAAGUAAUAGAAGAAUUUGUCAAAGCUAUGCAGCCAUUCAACUUAACAAGAGCAGAGAAGCUUCAACUGUUGAACCUGAGACCUACUACACCAGUUGAAAUUCAGCUGAUCAUUGAAGAUAGUGAAGAGCGUUUGAAAACUGAUCAAGAGAUUGAGGAACUUUUGAAUGUGAUUGCUACAAAGCUUCCUGAUCCUAAUGAAGAGACAGUGGUAGAGGAAACACAGGAAGAUGAUGAGGAAAUGUCUUAGUGGACAAAUUGUUACUUUGAAAAACAGUGUAUUCUUGAAAAUGAUAGAAUUAACAGAUAUUUAAUAAAUAAAUUUACACUUUUAAAUUG